AUGCUUCCAAUGCCUAGGGUCGACGGGGACAUUUUUGACUGUAUCCAACGAGGGAAUGUUGAACAUUGUGCACAUAUCAUUCAACAUGAUCGAUCUAUCCUCAAAGAGAAAGGUAAGGCUUGCCUGUGCUUGUUUGGAGUAUGCAUUAGCCUACGUAAUUUACUGCACACACAUUUGGGGAAUAUGGGGAAUGGAUUCUAUUUUUCCACUAGCCUACCUACCCUACCGUAGCCUUUUCUAAUGUCACUUCCGUGUAAGGUGCUAAUCAUACCAUUAUUCUAGGGAAUUUGUUCUUACCUUCUGUAGUUAAAUGCUGAAUAAAAACAUGUCAGUAAAGAUGUCUGUCGUCAGAGCUUUACCAUUAGCAUUUUUCACCCAGUCACUUAGCUGUGUCAAAUAUGCAUGAGUAAAUUGCUUUGGUACAGGCAGCAGAUAUUGCUUUAUACAAUGUGUUAUAACCAAUCUAACUAUCUUAUCACUACUGACCGUAUUAGGCCUAGUUUUAAUCAUGUCAAGUUUGCAAAAUGGCAAGUUUCACAGUCCCAUCACAGUUCCAGAAUGCAUCGACACUAGCUUUUCAAGAUGACUGCUGAAAGCUGACUGCUAAUGUCUCCUGUUGUGAUUUUGUCAUGUUGUCAGAGAGAGAGAGAGAGAGAUACCUUAACCUGUCUGUGUUUUAUCAGUGAUCUGAGAUGGGUAGUUGGUCAGUCUGUCCUCUCAGACACUCACAGCUCCUGCGACAGCAUGGCAUGAAGUCACAGCAGCUAAAGUGACAGUAGUAAAGAGACAAUAGUAGGCCUACUGCUCUUUGGGUGGUUAGGGAGUGACACUAUCUCAAAGUAAUAGAAUAAAUAUGAUCAUUUACAGUCAUAGUACUUGAAGCAUCUUUAAACACCAACAUUUAUUUCACUGUGAGAUUUUCAAUGUCUUCUCCAAAGUUCUUCAGUCAAGACUGUCUCCUUUUAACAGCAAAACAGGCUUUUCAUGCUGAUAAGACUUGUCAUGUGUGUAUUUGUAUGUGUUUGUGUGUGUAUAGGUUGGGGUGGUUUUAGUCCUCUCCACUUUGCGUCCCUCCAUGGUAACCGUGCCAUGGUUGACCUGUUGCUAAGCAAUGGAGCUGACCCCAACCUGACCUGUGAUGCAGGAAUGACGGCCUUCCAUUUCGCCUGCAGGUCAGUAACACUGAUUGGACUGGAUAGGUCCCACUAUCCAGUCCUAUUAAAUCUGUGGAAAGGGACUAGGGGAAGAGCGUUGGCCCCUGUAGGGCUGUGACGGACAUAUAAUUUUGGAUGACGGUAAUUGGCGAGCCAAAUGACCGUGGUCACGGUAAUGACCGUUCAAAAAGCAAAAAAAUUAAUUAAGACGCACAUUUUCUCAUAGACUGAAUAGAACGGGUGUUCCCAUUCAAGUCAAUGAUGGCAUAAUGGGUGGACUGGUGGCCAUUGCGAGUGUACCCAUAGGAGCAAAGCAGGAAGUAAAAGCAGAACAUUUACCCAUCAAUAUUUGCUGUGAUUUGUUGAUUCAACUCAACUGACAUUACAAAAAGAAAUCCAUUGCAUGAGCCACAUCAUCAUUUGAAUGAACAUUCUACAUUACCAUGGAAAUUAUUGCAUCACAAUACCAGGCAGCAAUUGCGAGUGUACCCAUGAGUUUAUCAGUCAAAUUGCCUGGGUAAAGGUUCCAAGCCUGUUCUAUUCAUUCUAUUUCUAUAUGUGCUGCUGCUGCAGGGAGGUGCUACAACACCUUGCUUGUUUCAGCAAGGAGCAACAAAGUUUAAUCACGUUGUUAAGAGUCCAUGUUACAGCAGAAACUGACUCAAAUGCACGAAUGCCCGGCCGUCUUGUCUACAGUGAGCUGUUCAUUCCACACAAAAAAUAAGGUUAUGACGGUUCUAUUAGUUUCAUGACGGUCUUCAUCCACAACCUUUGGUUAUAUGGUAAUUGUGCCAGCCCUAGGCCCCUGGAGCAGAAAUGCCACUCUCUCCUAGACAUGCUCCUCUCUUCUUCUCUCUGAAGUGUGCACUCGUACACUCCCCCUCAUGGAUGUAAAUGGAAUGGACUGGUGUAAAAAUAUGGUGGAACCUCCCUCCAGCCUGUACUUACAUCAAUCCAAUGCUUUUAAAUGCUUGAGGGGGAGUGACCGAGUGGACACUUCAGGGAGAAGGGUGAGAAAUGGAAGUGGACUAUUAAUUAAUUGCUAGUAAUAUAUUGUUGAUGGUAAUGUAUCUGUCUCUCUAGGCAUGGUAAUGUAUACGUGAUGCACCAGAUGAUGCAGCAUGGAGCUGAUCUACGCAUGGUAGACCAUCAGGGUAAAACCGCCCUACACCAUGGAGUAUGUGGAGGCAACAUGUAAGUACACACACACACAUCAUGCACACACACACACACACACACACACAGACAUAAACAAACAUAAACACACACACAUAGCUACAUAAUAUUAUAUAUUAUAUUAAUAUUAUAUAUCAACUUCAUCCCAAGCCGAGAGAUUUUCAAUCUCCAUCAUUAAAAUGUUUUGUUUGUUUUACUUUUUAUGCGCUGUGAAAUUCUUUGAAAAGCGCUAUACAAGUAAACAAAAUGUAUGUGUGUAUAUAUACUGAACAAACAUAGAAACGCAACAUGGAACAAUUUCAAAGAUUUUACUGAGUUACAGUUCAUAUAAGGAAAUCAUUCAAUUGAAAUAAAUAAAUUAGGCCAUAAUCUAUGGGUUUCAUAUUACUGGGCAGGGGUGCAGCCAUGGCCCACCCACUUGGGAGCCAGGCCCACCCACUGGGGAGCGAGGCCCAGCCACAAAAGGGCUUUAUUACAGACAGAAAUACUCCCCUCAGACGAACCUGCAGGUGAAGAAGCCGGAUGUGGCGUGGUUACACGUAGUCUGCGGUUGUGAGGCCGGUUGGACGUACUGCCAAAUUCUCUAAAACAACGUUGGAGGCAGCUUAUGGAUGAGAAAUGAACAUUCAAUUCUCUGGCAACAGCUCAGGUGGACAUUCCUGCAGUCAGGAUGCCAAUUGCACACUCUCUCAAAACUUGAGACAUCUGUGGCAUUGUGUUGUGUGACAAAAAGGCACAUUUUAUUGUCCCCAGCACAAGGUGCACCUGUGUAACAACCAUGCUGUUUAAUCAGCUUUUUGAUAUACCACACCUGUCAGGUGGAUGGAUCAUCUUGGGAAAUGAGAAAUGCUCACUAACAGAGAUGUAAACAAAUUUGUGGACAACAUUUAAGAGGAAUAAACUUUUUGUGCGUAUGGCAAAUUUCUGGAAUCUUUUAUUUCAGCUCAUGAAACAUGGGACUAACACUUUACAUUUUGCGUUUAUACACAGUGCAUUUGGAAAGUAUUCAGAACCCUUGACGUUUUCCACAUUUUGUUACGUUACAGCCUUAUUCUAAAAUUGAUUAUAUAAAUUUUUUCCCUCAUCAAUCUACACACAAUACCCAAUAAUGACAAAGCGGAAACAGGUUUUUACAUAAGUAUUCAGACCCUUUGCUAUGAGGCUCGAAAUUGAGCUCAGUUGUAUCCUGUUUCCAUUGAUCAUCCUUGAGAUUUUUCUACAACUUGAUUGGAGUCCACCUGUGGUAAAUUCAAAUGAUUGUGUAUGUCAGAGCAAAAACCAAGCCAUGAGGUUGAAGGAAUUGGCCGUAGAGCUCAGAGACAGGAUUGUGUCGAGGCACAGAUCUGGGGAAGGGUACCAAAAAAUGUCUGCAGCAUUGAAGAUCCCCAUGAACACAGUGGCCUCCAUCAUUCUUAAAUAGAAAAAGUUUGGAACCACCAAGACUCUUCCUAGAGCUGGCCGACCGGCCAAACUGAGCAAUCGGGGGAGAAGGGCCUUGGUCAGGGAGGUGACCAAGAACCCGAUGGUCACUCUGACAGAGCUCUAGAGUUCCUCUGUGGAGAUGGGAGAACCUUCCAGAAGGACAACCAUCUCUGCAGCACUCCACCAAUCAGGCCUUUUUAUGGUAGAGUGGCCAGAAGGAAGUCACUCCUCAGUAAAAGGCACAUGACAGCCCGCUUGGAGUUUGCAAAAAGGCACCUAAAAGACUCUCAGACCAUGAGAAACAAGAUCUCUGGUCUGAUGAAACCAAGAUUGAACUCUUUGGCAUGAAUGCCAAGCGUCACGUCUGGAGGAAACCUGGCACCAUCCCUACAGUGAAGCAUGGUGGUGGCAGCAUCAUGCUGUGGGGAUGUUUUUCAGUGGCAGGGACUGGGAGACUAGUCAAGAUCGAGGGAAAGAUGAACAGAGCAAAGUAUAGAGAUCCUUGAUGAAAACCUGCUCCAGAGCGCACAGUACCUCAGACUGGGGAGAAGGUUCACCUUCCAACAGGACAGUGACCCUAAGCACACAGCCAAGACAACGCAGGAGUGGCUUCUUGGCAAGUUUCUGAAUGUUCCUGAGUGGCCCAGCCAGAGCCCGGACUUGAACCCGAUCGAACAUCUCUGGAGAGACCUGAAAAUAUCUGUGCUGCAACGCUCCCCAUCCAACCUGACAGAGCUUGAGAGGAUCUGCAGAGAAGAAUGGGAGAAACUCCCCAAAUACAGGUGUGUUAAGCUUGUAGCGUCAUACCCAAGAAGACUCGAGGCUGUAAUCACUGCCAAAGGUGCUUCAACAAAGUACUGAGUAAAGGGUCUGAAUACUUAUUUAAAUAUAAUAUUUCAGUUUUUUUAUUGUUUAUAAAUUUGCAAACUUUUCUAAAAACCUGUUUGUGACUCGUUUCAGGAAACUAGGCGUAUGUCGUGCGUCACUCCUUCACAGGAGAGCCAUUUGAACGUAAACUUAUUUUUAAAUCAAAAUGCGUUUUUUGGCAGACAUGCCUUCUGGAACAUGUGAACUUUAAUAUGCCUUAAUAACAAACUUGUAUGCCAUCUGUAAAUUCGAAUAAAAUUGUUAAAUUACGAGCCUAGUUGGUUUAGCUACAGAAAAAGACAGCAACCUUCCCGCUAGCCAUGAUUGGCUUAGAUAAUGAGUGGGCUGGACAUGCCGAGAGAUGAGUUCGGAUUGGUCUGCCAUGUAGCGCUCUUCUGUCUAUUUGAGCUUGUCAGUAUGUGUAAGUAAUCCUUUCUAAUACAGCUUUUUUUGAAAGAUUUCACGUAGUAGAACUGCAUAAGUGUUGCUCUUCACUUUCUGGAGGACCGAGUUUUGAAAUCAGUGGAAUUAGUUUAGGAGAUGGAGAAAACACCAGUUUCCAGAUUACAUCUUAAAACUAAGGGCAACCAUGGCAUUCAUGACAGAGAGGGAGAAGCGUCCAUCCAUGUAUACGGGUAAGAUAGUCUAGCUAGCUACAUUUUCAAUAUUAUUCGUAUCUCAGAGCCAUUUGCUUUGCUAGUUAUAGCCUAAUGUUAGCUAGCUAACAUUGAACCUGGUUGGUUAGCUACCUGCAGAUUCAUGCAGGGUAGUAACGUCAUGAGUUGGGAUUAUGGUUCAUUAUUUUAGCUAGCUAGGUACAUGUCUUAACAAAAGACUCCACUAUGCAAGUAACCAUUUCAAAGAAUGUUCAUGAUGUCACUUUGACAACUGUUGACAGACGUAGCUGGUAAAUUCGCACUGGCUAUCUAUUCCGAUUUCAGAGCACUCACGUCUAAGUGUGCCAGAGCACAGAAUAACUGACGAAUUUACGAACGGUGUCAGUAAACGUUGGCAAAAAGCGUAAUUAAAUUGUUGCCAGCAGCACAGUUGCAGUCACCAACGCUCUGUAUAACAUAAAAACAGCCUAACCAGCUCUGCUAGGGCGAGUAAAAUGGUCAGAGUGAGCUGUUCUCUCAUUUGUGUCUGAAAGUAGCUAGCCAACAUUAGCCAGUUAGCUUGGGUGCUUGACUGCUGUUGUUAGGACAGAACACUCGGGUCAACCCUACUCCUCGGCCAGAGCGUCCAGUGGGUGCUCUGAACGCUCUGAGAGCGAAACGCUCUGAAUUUAUGAACUGACAAUCUGACAACGCUCUGAGUUUACGGGUGGGGCUAAAGCUUAAGAGGGUGUGAACGAUGCUGAAUGGGUGUAGACAAAGAAGAGCUCUCCAGUAGGUGUACCAAAACAUUCAAAGGCCAUUUUCUCAAAAGUGAGGUUACAAGUUUAUAAACUUUCCUAUUGUUCCUCAACUGUAGUGUAUGAUAUACCAUUUUCUAGCUCUGAGUCUCUACUUUUAUCCAAUGUAAAAAAUAAAAAAAAAACUUUUCAAAUUUUGCUACAUAAGACCGAACCGAAUUUUUGCUUUGCCAUUAUGGGGUAUUGUGUGUAGAUUGAUGAGGGAGAAAAUAACGAUUUCAUCCAUUUUAGAAUAAGGCUGUAACGUAACAAAAUGUGGAAAAAGUCAAGGGAUCUGAAUACUUUCCAAAUGCACUGUAGUUGUUCAGUAUACUAUAUAUAUGACAUGUAGUGCAUCAGUGACAUAUGAUGUCAUAAACUAUGAUGAGAUAUGAUGUCAUACACACGCAUACGCUGUAAGCUAUAAAAUAAAUAUAGAGUUGCACUCUCUUUCACUCUCUAUAUAUACAGUGGGGAGAACAAGUAUUUAAAACACUGCCGAUUUUGCAGGUUUUCCUACUUACAAAGCAUGUAGAGGUCUGUAAUUUUUAUCAUAGGUACACUUCAACUGUGAGAGACGGAAUCUAAAACAAAAAUCCAGAAAAUCACAUUGUAUGAUUUUUAAGUAAUUAAUUUGCAUUUUAUUGCAUGACAUAAGUAUUUGAUCACCUACCAACCAGUAAGAAUUCAGGCUCUCACAGACCUGUAGUUUUUCUUUAAGAAGCCCUCCUGUUCUCCACUCACAUCUUUCCACACACUCAAUCAAACAGACUCCAACCUCUCCACAAUGGCCAAGACCAGAGAGCUGUGUAAGGACAUCAGGGAUAAAAUUGUAGACCUGCACAAGGCUGGGAUGGGCUACAGGACAAUAGGCAAGCAGCUUGGUGAGAAGGCAACAACUGUUGGCGCAAUUAUUAGAAAAUGGAAGAAGUUCAAGAUGACGGUCAAUCACCCUCAGUCUGGGGCUCCAUGCAAGAUCUCACCUUGUGGGGCAUCAAUGAUCAUGAGGAAGGUUAGGGAUCAGCCCAGAACUACACGGCAGGACCUGGUCAAUGACCUGAAGAGAGCUGGGACCACAGUCUCAAAGAAAACCAUUAGUAUCACACUACGCCGUCAUGGAUUAAAAUCCUGCAGCGCACGCAAGGUCCCCCUGCUCAAGCCAGCGCAUGUCCAGGCCCGUCUGAAGUUUGCCAAUGACCAUCUGGAUGAUCCAGAGGAGGAAUGGGAGAAGGUCAGGUGGUCUGAUGAGACAAAAAUAGAGCUUUUUGGUCUAAACUCCACUUGCCGUGUUUGGAGGAAGGAGAAGGAUGAGUACAACCCCAAGAACACCAUCCCAACCGUGAAGCAUGGAGGUGGAAACAUAAUUCUUUGGGGAUGCUUUUCUGCAAAGGGGACAGGACGACUGCACCGUAUUGAGGGGAGGAUGGAUGGGGCCAUGUAUCGCGAGAUCUUGGCCAACAACCUCCUUCCCUCAGUAAGAGCAUUGAAGAUGGGUCGUGGCUGGGUUUUCCAGUCCUGAACCCAAUAGAAAAUCUUUGGAGGAAGCUGAAAGUCCUUAUUGCCCAGCGACAGCCCCGAAACCUGAAGGAUCUGGAGAAGGUCUGUAUGGAGGAGUGGGCCAAAAUUCCUGCUGCAGUGUGUGCAAACCUGGUCAAGACCUACAGGAAACGUAUGAUCUCUGUAAUUGCAAACAAAGGUUUUUUUAUACCAAAUAUUAAGUUCUGCUUUUCUGAUGUAUCAAAUACUUAUGUCACGCAAUAAAAUGCAAAUUAAUUACUUAAAAAUCAUACAAUGUGAUUUUCUGGAUUUUUGUUUUAGAUUCCGUCUCUCACAGUUGAAGUGUACCUAUGAUAAAAAUUACAGACCUCUACAUGCUUUGUAAGUAGGAAAACCUGCAAAAUCGGCAGUGUAUCAAAUACUUGUUCUCCCCACUGUGUGUGUGUGUGUGUGUGUGUGUGUGUAUAUAUAUAUAUAUAUAUAUAUACAGUUGAAGUCGGAAGUCUACAUACCCUUUAGCCAUAUACAUUUCAACUCAGUUUUUCACAAUUCCUGACAUUUAAUCCUAGUAAAAAUACCUUGUCUUAGGUCAGUUAGGAUCACCUUUAUUUUAAGAAUGUGAAAUGUCAGAAUAAUGGUAGAGAGAAUGAUUUAUUUCAGCUUUUAUUUAUUUCAUCACAUUCCCAGUGGGUCAGAAGUUUACAUACACACAAUUAGUAUUUGAUGGCAUUUCCUUUAAAUUGUUUUACUUGGGUCAGAUGUUUUGGGUAGCCUUCCACAAGCUUCCCACAGUAAGUUGGGUGAAUUUUGGCCCAUUCCUCCUGACAGAGCUGGUGUAACUGAGUCAGGUUUGUAGGCCUCCCUGCAUGCUUUUUCAGUUCUGCCCACAUAUUUUCUAUAGGAUUGAGGUCAGGGCUUUGUGAUGGCCACUCCAAUACCUUGACUUUAUUGUCCUUAAGCCAUUUUGCCACAACUUUGGAAGUAUGCUUGGGGUCAUUGUCCAUUUGGAAGACCCAUUUGCGACUAAGCUUUAACUUCCUGACUGAUGUCUUGAGAUGUUGCUUCAAUAUAUCCACAUAAUUUUCCUUCCUCAUGAUGCCAUCUGUUUUGUGAAGUUCACCAGUCCCUCCUGCAGCACAGCACCCCCACAGCAUGAUGCUGCCACCCCCGUGCUUCACGGUUGGGAUGGUAUUCUUCGGCUUGCAAGCAUCCCCCUUUUUCCUCCAAACAUAACGUUGGUCAUUAUGGCCAAACAGUUCUAUUUUUGUUUCAUCAGACCAGUGGACAUUUCUACAAAAAGUACGAUCUUUGUCCCCAUGUGCGGGUUGCAAACCGUAGUCUGGCUUUUUUAUGGCAGUUUUAGAGCAGUGGCUUCUUCCUUGCUGAGCAGCCUUUCAGGUUAUGUCGAUAUCGGACUAGUUUUACUGUGGAUAUAGAUACUUUUGUACCUGUUUCCUCCAGCAUCUUCACAAGGUCCUUUGCUGUUGUUCUGGGAUUGAUUUGCACUUUUCGCACAAAAAUACGUUCAUCUCUAGGAGACAGAAUGCGUCUCCUUCCUGAGCGGUAUGAUGGCUGCGUGGUCGCAUGGUGUUUAUACUUGUGUACUAUUGUUUGUACAGAUGAAUGUGGUACCAUCAGGCGUUUGGAAAUUGCUCCCAAGGAUGAACCAGACAUGUGGAGGUCUACAAUUCUUCUUCUGAGGUCUUGGCUGAUUUUCUUUUGAUUUUUCCCAUGAUGUCAAGCAAAGAGGCACUGAGUUUGAAGGUAGGCCUUGAAAUACAUACAAAGAUACACCUCCAAUUGACUAAAAUUAUGUCAAUUAGCCUAUCAGAAGCUUCUAAAGCCAUGAAAUCAUUUUCUGGAAUUUUCCAAGCUGUUUAAAGGCACCGUCAACUUAGUGUAUGUAAACUUUUGACCCACUGAAAUUGUGAUACAGUGAAUUAUAAGUGAUAUAAUCUGUCUGUAAACAAUUGUUGGACAAAUUACUUGUGUCAUGCACAAAGUACAUGUCCUAACCGACUUGCCAAAACUAUAGUUUGUUAACAAGACAUUUGUGGAGUGGUUGAAAAACAAGUUUUAAUUACUCCAACCUAAGUGUAAACUUCCGACUUCAACUGUAUGUUUAAAAGUUUGGGGUCACUUAGAAAUGUCCUUGUUUUCAAAAGAAAAGCAAUUGUUUUGUCCAGUAAAAUAACAUCAAAUUGAUCAGAAAUACAGUGUAGACAUUGUUAAUGUUGUACAUGGCUAUUGGAGCUGGAACCAGCUGAUUUGUAAUGGAAUAUCUACAUAGGCGUACAGAGGCCCAUUAUCAGCAACCAUCAGUCCUGUGUUCCAAUGGCACGUUGUGUUUGCUUAUCCACGUUUAUCAUUUUAAAAGGCUAAUUGAUCAUUAGAAAACCCUUUUGCAAUUAUGUUAGCACAGCUGAAAACUGUUGUGCUGAUUAAUGAAGCAAUAAAACUGGCCUUCUUGAGACUAGUUGAGUAUCUGGAGCAUCAGCAAUUGUGGGUUCGAUUACAGGCUCAAAAUGGCCAGAAACAAAUUACUUUAAUCUGAAACUCGUCAGUCCAUUCUUGUUCUGAGAAAUGAAGGCUAUUCCAUGCAGAGAAAUUGCCAAGAAACUGAAGAUCUCGUACAACGCUGUGUACUACUCCCUUCACAGAACAGAGCAAACUUGCUCUAACCAGAAUAGAAAGAGGAGUGGGAGGCCCCGGUGCACAACUGAGCAAGAAGACAAAUACAUUAGAGUGUCUAGUUUGAGCAACCGGCGCCUCACAGGUCCUCAACUGGCAGCUUCAUUAAAUAGUACCCGCAAAACAACAGUCUCAACAUCAACAGUGAAGAGGCGACUCCGGGAUGCUGACCUUCUAGGCAGACUUGCAAAGAAAAAGCCAUAUCUCAGACUGCCCUUCUUAAUCUUUUAUUUUUAUUGGCUAGUCUGAGAUAUGGCUUUUUCUUUGUAACUCUGCCUAGAAGGUCAGCAUCCCGGAGUCGCCUCUUCACUGUUGGACACACCUACUGAUUGAGAGAAUGCCAAGAGUGUGCAAAGCUAUCAUCAAGGGAAAGGGUGGCAUUUGAAGAAUCUCAAAUCUCAAAUAUAUUUUGAUUUGUUUAACACUUUUUUUUGUUUACUACAUGAUUUCAUAUGUGUUAUUUCAUAGUUCUGAUGUCUUCACUAUUAUUCUACAAUGUAGAAAAUAGUCAAAUUAAGAAAAGCCCUUGAAUGAGUAGGUGUGUCCAAACUUUUGACUAGUAGUGUGUGUGUAUAUAUAUAUAUAUAUAUAUAUAUAUAUAUAAACUCCCAGUAAUUUAUUGGGUAAAACAAAUUACUGGGAGUUUUUAUACAUAGUGUGACUCUAAUUUAUUUUUAUAGCUUAAAGUUAAUUCGCCAAGUCAGCACCUCUACACAAAAUAAUUUUCUCUGGGUGUGCUCAAGCGCAUGCUUUUUAUUAUACACACGCAUGUACACACACACACACUCUAACCCGAGUUGUGUCUCCCAGUGUAGCAAUGCAGUACCUGUGGGAGACAGGAAUGUUUAGGUGGUGUGAUGGAGACAUGUACCAUGUUACACCUCUACACCUGGCUGCUGAUACUGGCAACACUGAGGUGGUCCGUUACCUGCUCCGAGACAAGGUAAGACGUACACGCUUGGUAAGUAAAUCCAAUGAUGACUUCCAUGUUUCACUUCUAUUGGGGAGUUUUGCUAUGGAGUUUCCUUUAGAGUUCCGUUCCUCAAGUUACAUUAUUUCUUACAAACAGUGCAUGUAAUGUUGUGGGGUGUGUUCCAAUAUUAUCUCCUUUCUCCUAAAAGCAUUGGAUUGGUGGAGGCAUUGGCAAGUGGGGGGUUCCACCAUAUUUAUUAUACCAGUCAUUUUCUUUCAAAUCAGUGAAGGGAGGUGAACAAGUGCACACUUUGGGAGACAGGAGAGAUAAUUGGGACAUAGGGAGAAUCUCAAUUGCAUACUUCUCGUGUCCUCUCUCCUCGCCUCCUUCUCAAAACCCAUUGGAGGAUGUCAGAGGGGAGGGACCUCUGGCUUUCUCAUCCAAUGGGUUUUGAGAAGGAGACGAGGAGAGAGGACGCAUGGAGUAUGCAAUUGAGAUCUUCCCAUAGACAUGGUGACGACUGACUGCACCUGAGAUGGUCACUGUCCUCUGUUAUGUGGUGCUGACUUUCUAGUGGACGUCGCUGUCCACAAGAAUGGUGCUGAAUCUCUGUGACAUGCUCCUUGCUAAUAGAUCUGGAGCCCGAUGGAGCCCUCGGCAGCAGUAUCCUUCAGCUUUUUAUGAUUGUUGCUGCACUGUUGAAAAUAUUUUUUGUUUGUGUGUGUCAGAGGUGUAUGGUGGAGACUGUGGAUGAGGAUGGGUUGACAGCGGUCCAUGUGGCAGCAGAGAGGGGCUGUGUAGAGGUGUGUUGGACGCUGCUACAGAGAUCUGGCUUCAGGAUACUACACUUGAAGACCUAUAGCGGACACACACCUCUGGACCUCUGCAGGCAGGGAAAGACAUUCAGGUGGGUCCCAAUAUCUAUAACCUUUACCUUCACAUUGGUUGUGUUCAUUAGGCAACAAACGGAAGAAAACUGACCAAAAUGUGAUUUUUAUUUUCAGUUGCGAAACAUUUUUAAACGUUUUCCAUUGUGUAAACUAAUGAAUACAACCCAGGAAUAUAUAACACUGUCAACAUCUUCUGUCCAUCUACCUGUCUUAUUGCCAUACCGUCACCUGGAAUAUCACUUUAACGUUUUAACCAUCUCUAUUGUGUUGGGGUUGUAUUUCCACAGACACCUGCAGCUGACAAAACUACUGACCCGCUACAUGAGGGAGCCACCAUUCAACAAACCCGACGAGUCCAACCGUAAGUGCUGAAGCUGUGAUAAGUUUAACUGUAAUGAACAUUGUGUGACAUUGAAUUGUGUUUCUGUGUAUAAUUGUGUGUAUGCGUGCAUGCGUGGGUCUCUUUCUGGGUGUGUGUGUUUGCGCGUGCGUGCGUCCAGUCCUUUACUACUGGACGUUAUUCUUCCCGUGUCUGAUUGGAGGAGCCAUUCUGAUUAUUGCAACAAUGUUGGGGGGCUACGGAGGGAUAACGUGCGCCGUGCUGUUCCCCUGGCUGGCCAGGAGUAUCUUUUCCCAGUUCCACCGCAUGACCACCUACCAGAGGUAUAGACACAGUGUGUGUGUGUGUGCUAACUAUGUGUGUUUGUGUGUAUCUGCACUGUACAGUAAAUUCAUCCAUUGUAUUGUUCUUUGUUCCAUUACCUGUCCUGUGUUGUGUUGCAGGUUGGCCAACCCCGUCUACCUAGGGACUGUGAUAGCUGGAUUGUUCCACUCUCUAGUCUGCUUCUACUACAGAAUACUGCCGCCUAAUAUCCUUUAUAUUACAGCGAUAGUAUAUUACCUAAUAUAGUGUACUGCCUAAUUCUAUUACAAUAAAGUAUAUACUUUUGACCUACAUUGAAUGCCUGAUGAAGACUGUGGCUUUAACCACAUCAAAUUGCAAACCUUGCUAGUGACCGUAGUUACUGGAGGUUGUGGUCGAUUAUUCUGUAGCUGAACAAUAAUGAAUAUACUUUACACUGAUUAUCCAUCAUACAUCAUACAGUAUGUAUGUAGCCUACAAGUAGUAUAUUGUUGGUUGAGCCUUAACCCACUGUGACGCUUGUGGGGGGAUGGUGUUCUGGGUCAUGUGUCACUGGUCCAGUUCUCUGUGGUUCUGGUCUUGUUCUGGAUGGUUCUAACCCAGGAUCCUGGAGAGCUGGGACCGGGAGACGCAGAUCCUCGCUACUCCUCCAUAACAGACCUGCUGGAGAACAACCAGAAUCCUCAGAGGUUCUGCAUCUACUGUGAGGUGAGGAGAACCAAUCAAUCAAUCAAUCUUUAUUAUGAGUUGAAACAGACACAGAGGUUCUGUAUCUACUGUAAGAUGAGGAGAGCAAGUUUAAGUUAGUGUUGCAGCUGAGGAUUGAGUUGUGGCUAGUUUAUCCUGCCCUCCUUUUGUCAUGGUAUUGUAGUGGCGACGAUAGUCCCCACUAUAGUAAGUGUUGAUUGGACAAUGCAUGUUAAAUUGACUCGUCUUUUCUCCGUCAAUCCUCAAUAUUCAGAAACGAAACUGUGCACAUCCAUGGAGAACUACAUUCCCUAAAUGCUCAUCAAACAGCGCCUCGAUCCAUUCAGCAGUUUUCUUUCACAAAGAUAGGUUUAUGGCAUUCUGCCAUUUCUAGUUGACUCAACUUUGGCAAAUGUAUGUAAGCAGACCUUUCCUGCCCCAAAGUAAACUAGAAAUCGUGUUGCAGCUGGUUGCCUUGAUUUUUUAAAGUUGACUCAACAAACAUUUUACAGUAUAUGCACAUCAAUAGCAGUAACUAUUGUGCAUAUGUCAAAUUUAGGGUAGGCCUGCUUAUUUGAAUUUCCUACAUUUUUUGGGAAUUGCCAACAAUGUCACUUAUCACUGCUAUUCCCUCUCUCUCGCCAUCUAGUUGUUCCAGCCAGACCAUACUAAACACUGUAAAUUGUGUGAUGUGUGUGUGAGGGAUUACGACCACCACUGCCUGUUUCUGAACCGCUGCGUUGGCGGGGGCAACCACCGCCUCUUCAUCAUCUUCAUCCUCUCCAUGGCCGCAGCACACCUCCUUUUUGUUGCCACAGCAACUUACCACCUGUAUGUGGUCGUGGUGUCCCUCGAGGACCAGUCGUUGGUUAGAGCAGUAGCUGCACAGUUCUGGGUGGUCGCCUUGACGAUAAUGAACGUUCUGACAAUCCUUUGGGAGGUGUGGUUGUUGACGGAACAGUUUGACGCUAUCGCCAUGGGGACUACGACCUACUUCAAACCUACCUGCGAGACUCGACAACAGUCACUGGGACAACGCUGGAAAACUGUACUUACCUUCCUAUUGGAGGGGAGGAGACGGUUAGAUUAUGGAUACACAGGGGACAAGAUCUCCAUAGACAUUUAGAUAAUAUGGACUCUAAAACCUAUGGUGAAAUGAAGAACAAUGUAUAUUUUGUCACUUUUCCAUUCUUAAAACCAACUGGAUCUUCUAGCCUGGUGAACUAAAGCCUAGGCAUUACCUCGGGAAGCUAAUACCACUAUUAAACAUAUAACAAGUGGUGUGUAGACCAGAAUGAGUUCUAAGAUAUCUUAACAUUAGAGAUAACAUGUUACUUAGAUUGUCUUUGGGAGUGUGGUCGCCAACAUGUCUGUUAAACAUUAUACUUGAACAUAGGUAUUGAAAAAUUAUACUUUUAAUAUAUAGACUAUAGUAGACUGAAUGCGGAAAUCUUGCCAGCGAACAAACCAACAUGUCAAACUCCUCACAUAACGCACUGACUUAACCCCUGUCUGUCCUGGUAAGCAUUUCCUAUGUAUGCAUGCGGAGCUAGUUUUAUGUGAUGCUCUGAGCUAUUUUAAAGCCGACAGUACUUCUACAUUGAUGUAGCUCGUUUAUGAAUAACUGACUGAUUUUGUCUGUCCUGUGAAGGAUCCCACUAUUUAACUAGUAUUUCCUGUGGAGUUCAUUCUCUGCUUCACAUUUGAAUGCACUGAUGUAUUUUAAAACUGUUUCAUUGGAGAUUACUGUUCACUUGAAUUGUUACCUCAGUUUUUUAAAUACUUCCCAAUAUAACAUUUAUUUUUAACCUAGGUGUCAUUGUUGUUUUAAAUAAAAGUGCAAUAUGAUAAAAUGA